UAACACUGUACAAAGACACAUAAACAGUCAGAACAUUAUGUCAAAAUGUCCAACAAGUACAAAUCCAUGACUGUGCUGUCUGUAUCAGAAUCAGAGGAUUCCAUCUCAUGUGUUGUCUCCCUGUCAGUGAACGUGGUGGACUUCUGUGGACAGACCAUCAGAGGAGACGGCAUGAUCGUCAACUCACACCAAGAGUCCAAGAAGUACUACUUUGUGACCAUGGGGACCGACUGCCACCUCACCAUGCAGGCCAGCUCCCCUAAAGACAAGGUCCAGUUCCACUUCCGCUUCUUCCUGGUCUACAGUUUGCUACGAGUGGCCCCUCUGAGCCCGGCCCCUGCCUUUCCAGAGUCCCCUCGUGGCUCUGCCCCUCUUAACCCCAGACUGGAGCCCACCUCAGGUGAAAGCCCGGGGGACCCUUGUCACGCCGGCUCGUACGUUCAGUUUUAUGAUGGACGGGACAGGAGCUCGCCUGCACUUGGGCCCCCUCUAUGUGGGAAGAGUCCCCCGAGGCCGGUGCUGUCCACAGGAAACUACCUGACACUGAGGCUGGUCACCCGGGGGACUCAACCCAGAGUGGACUUUGUGGGGGACUUCACCUCCUUCAGACUGGGCUUCAACCAAUCAGAGUGCAGCAACGAGCCCUACUUCACCUGCAGGAACGGGAAGUGUAUCCCUCUCAGUCUGGUGUGUGAUGAGAAGGGCAUCGACAACUGUGGGGAUGGAAGUGACCUGGAGGAAAACCUGACCACCGGGUGCAAAGCAGGUCAGCUUUUACCUCCUGAACCUCCACCGCCUUUAGCAACCCCAUCCCCACCUUAUGUGGAUCCACCCACAGUACCCAUUCCUAAACACAUGAACUGCGGCAUGCCAGACAACCCUCCCAACCAUGAGUCAGUAACAGACUCUCCCGCCUCCUUGUCCUUGUUGAUCCUCUACAUCCUCCUGGGUGUGGUGGCGGGCAGCGUGGUGCUCUGCUGGUGCUGCUGGUCACCCGGCUGGUUCCUGUGGCGAGUCAGCAUUUGUCGCUUCUUACCCUGCUGCAACUCGGCAUGCGCCUCCUGCCAGCUCUGCGCCCGUAGCUGCACCCACAGCAAGGAGCACCGACUGGCCAAGGUCACCCCUCACGCGCCGGUCAACGGGACGCCAACAGGAGCGGCCGCCACCACCAACAGCGCUGAAGACAACGUUACCACCGCUGCUGUUUAGAGCACAGGGGAUGUGUGGUUGAUCAGUUUUGGCAUACAUACAGAGACAAAGGUACAGUAUGCUGAUGCUGAGCUGUGAUCAGUGGUGAACAUGGACACUUACUGACCAUGAUCAAGAGUCCUUGUGAAGGACUGAUGAGGUGAAUGUGUUUAGUUUAUGGAUAAAUUGUGUUUUUGUGUUUUAAAUGUGAUGAUGCAGGUGAUGAGACAGCUAUGUUUCUAUGAGAAGGUGAAGCAGGGUACAGUAUAACUAUGUAUUGUAAGAACAGCACAUUUUGCCUUUUUUUUUUUUUUUUUUUAAAGUUGUCUCUUACAUAUUAUGAUGGCACCACGUUCUGUUUGAGAGCCUGCUCAUGAUGUUUGAGAACAAUGAAGAGCGUUAAGAUGCUGGUGUGAACAAUUUUGAGUUGUAUAUUUUUGUCUUUUCACUCUCUUUUCUUAGAUGUAACAGUUUAGUCAUGUAAGAUUUGACUGCAGUGAAAUUACACUUUCACAGCUUUGACCAAAAGUAUGCCAUGGACACAAGCUGAGGAAACAGUCCCACAACUACAAAGUCUCUCUCCUGGUGACAAACAGCUGUUCUCCCUAGGAGAAAUUCCUUCAAACUUUCCACUCUCAGCAAUCCACUGGUGUUCCACAUAUAAGCCACUGACUCAGUGUGGAGUCUGGACCAGUGGAGCAUAAAGUCAUCCAGUCUGCGGCAGUCAACAUCUUGUGUCGGGUGUGUGCACAGUAAAGGACAAAUUCCAAAAAAACUGUGAUAAGCAUGAAAAAUAUUGCUAAUUAAACUAGAAUAAAUCAGUCAGGAAUUGUCAGAUCACAUCAACAGAUAUCACUACAGCAGGUGAGAAUUGAUAGUAGUGAUGGAUAUCUGUGGGGUGAGGCUGAAAUAUUAAAUGAUCUAUUGAUGAAUUUAAAUAAUGGUGUAAUUUAAAACAAGGCGAAAAAAGUCAAAUUAGAUUACAUUUCAACUUAGUAUAAUAGUUAGUUAGUGUAUCCUCUCACCCAAUGUGAGCUGCGAUAGGCUCCAGCCUCCUGUGUGAGUGUGCAAAACAAAUGUGCAGCUUUCUAUACUGGAUGGAUAGAUUAUAAAGAUGUGUAUUGUUUACCACUUUUCAAUAUUAUUCAGUCAGUGUUUGCAGUGGUGUGAUUAUAGAUUGUUGUUUAAUGUGCACCGGCCAGUGUGUCAAUCAUAAGUAAUCUCUAAAGUGUUUGAGCCCAGCUAUGGUUGAAGUAGUCCUGACUGUAUUUAGCCUUCCACCAAUGUAUAAAGG